UCCAGUGCAACAUUUUUUUAACUAACUCUUCAUCGGUUAUGUUUAGUUCACUGGAGCGUAUUUUUAACUUCAGUGGCAAGGAAAAUAGCCCCUUUUCUGCGUGCUGCUAUUAGCCGACUCAACGAAAACUUGGAACAUCCGUGGAAGCCGUAGCGCAAAGGUAGAGGAUUUCAGUGUUGCCGUUUAGCAGCCCGAAGCUCAGAGGGAGAAGAGUGAAGCUGUCGUGUGAGACCUACUCGUCAGAUUUACACAGAGUCCCAAGGCACGAGGAUGGCCAUCCCUAAAGUCACAGGGCUGUCCUGGGAGAUAACCUGGCUUGCUAUUGUUCUCUAUGCUCACCUACAGACAAGAGCAGAGCAAUCCCAAGGUGCAUACUUCUUGCCUGAGUUUGCGCUUUCUCCACAAGGGAGUUUUCUCGAGGAUACCACAGGGGAGCAAUUCCUCACUUACCGCUAUGAUGACCAGAACUCCAGAAUCACUCGCUCUGAUGAAGAUAAAGAAGGUGCUUGGGAUGCCUGGGGUGCCUGGAGUGAUUGCUCUCGGACUUGUGGAGGGGGAGCCUCUUACUCCUUGAGGAGAUGUUUAAAUGGCCGGAACUGUGAAGGCCGUAAUAUUCGGUACAAAACCUGCAGUAGUAAUGAUUGCCCUUCAGAUGUUGGUGACUUUAGAGCACAACAGUGUUCAGCCUACAAUGAUGUUAAAUACCAGGGACAUUUUUAUGAGUGGAACCCUGUGUAUAAUGAUCCUACUGCACCAUGUACCCUGAAGUGUCAAGCUCUGGGAAAGAACUUGAUUGUGGAGCUUGCCCCAAAAGUACUAGAUGGUACUCGUUGCAAUACUGAAUCCUUGGAUAUGUGCAUCAGUGGAAUAUGCCAGGCAGUAGGCUGUGAUCGACAACUUGGGAGCAAUGCCAAGGAAGACAACUGUGGAAUCUGUGCAGGAGAUGGUUCAACAUGCAGGCUUGUGAGGGGACAAGCUAAGGCACAUGUCUCACCAGAAAAAAGGGAAGAAACCGUGAUUGCUGUACCACAUGGGAGUCGCAGUGUGAGAAUUACCUUAAAAGGACCAGCACACCUUGUUAUAGAGUCAAAGACACUGCAAGGAGACACGGGAGAGCACAGCUUCAAUGCUCCUGGAACAUUUGUCAUAGAAAAUACAACUGUUGAAUUUCAGAAGAGUACAGACAGGGAAAUCAUAAAGAUCCAGGGACCUCUUGGAGCAGAUUUCAUUAUCAAGACCAGGUACUCUGGAUCAAAGGAGAGUGUGGUUCAGUUCUUUUUCUAUCAACCCAUCAGUCAUCAGUGGAGACAAACAGAGUUCUUCCCCUGCACAGUAACAUGUGGAGGAGGUUAUCAGCUUAACUCAGCUGAAUGUGUGGAUAUUCGUCUGAAGCGUGUUGUUCCUGACCACUACUGUCAUUACUACCCAGAAAAUAAGAAACCAAAGCCCAAGCUAAAAGAAUGCAACAUGGAUCCCUGUCCUUCUAGUGAUGGAUUUAAAGAAAUCAUGCCUUACGACCACUUCCAGCCACUUCCUCGGUGGGAGCAUAACCCGUGGACUGCAUGUUCAGUCUCCUGUGGAGGUGGUAUUCAGAGGAGAAGUUUUGUGUGUGUGGAAGAGACCAUCCAUGGAGAGAUACUGCAAGUGGAAGAAUGGAAAUGCAUGUAUGCACCUAAGCCCAAAGUCAUUCAAACCUGCAAUCUGUUUGAUUGUCCUAAAUGGGUGGCAAUGGAAUGGUCUCAAUGCACAGUGACCUGUGGCCGAGGCCUGCGUUACCGAGUAGUGCUUUGUAUUGACCACCGUGGGCAGCACGUUGGUGGCUGUAAUCCACAACUUAAACUGCACAUAAAAGAAGAGUGCAUUGUGCCAAUACCAUGUUACAAGCCAAAAGAAAAAACUCCUGUGGAAGCAAAAUUGCCUUGGUUUAAACAGGCACAUGAAAUGGAAGAGACCAGAACAGUCUCAGAAGAGCCAACGUUUAUUCCUGAACCCUGGUCUCCAUGCAGUGCCACGUGUGGCAGUGGCCUACAGGUGCGAGACGUGAAGUGCCGAAUUCUUCUUGCAUUUACUCAGACUGAGGUUGAACUGCCUGAGGAGGAGUGUGAGGAUGUGAAGCCACCAACAGAACGAGUCUGUCACCAGGCAUCCUGUGACAGUGAUCCUGUCCCCUACACACCAGAAUUUUCACGUGCUGAAGAUGGUAGUGUGAUUUACGACUGGGAGUACAUUGGGUUUACUCCUUGUUCAGCCACAUGUCUUGGAGGGACACAAGAAGCCAUUGCAAUGUGUCUGCAUGUAGAGACAAAACAAGCUGUCAACGAAACCCUGUGUGACAAUUCCAAGAGACCACCACCAAUGACUCAUGCUUGCAAUAUGAAGCUUUGCCCUCCAAGGUGGCAAAGCGGCUCUUGGAGACAUUGCUCAGCUACCUGUGGGGUCGGGAUACAGACAAGAGAUGUGUACUGCCAGCAGCCAGGAGGAUCUGCUGUUGCUCCUGAGGAGUGCAAAGACAAAAAGCCUCAUUCUUUACAAGCUUGUAACCAGAUCGAUUGUCCCCCUGCGUGGCAUGUUGAAGAGUGGCAGCAGUGUUCACGUACUUGUGGAGGAGGGAUUCAGACCCGCAAAGUGCACUGUAAGCAGCUGUUGACAGAUGGAAGUUUCCUGAAACUCUCUGAUGAAACCUGCCAGGAACCUAAAUUGCCAACUAGUAAACCAUGUGCAAAAGUUGAUUGUCCUCCUCAGGUAGUCUUUGGAGAAUGGUCCAAGUGCUCAGUAAGCUGCGGUGUUGGAAUCCAGAGAAGGAAGCUUGCCUGCCAAAGCCUAACAGCAAAGGGCCAAUAUGUCACAUUAAAUGGAUCAGCGUGCAGUAGUUUGUCUCCUUCACUGCUUGUAAGGUCUUGUCAGAUGAAUGCUUGCAAGAAGAUUAAACCGAAGCUUCCAGAGAAGUAUGCUGCUCAUGGGCCUCAGAUUGUCAGUAUUCACCGAGUCUAUAUUCAAACCAGACAAGAGAAGCGCAUUAAUUUUACCAUAGGAAGCCGAGCCUACUUGCUUCCAAAAACAUCUGUUGUAAUUAAGUGCCCUGUAAGAAGGUUCCAGAAAUCACUUAUUCGGUGGGAGAAAGAUGGACAACACUUACAAAACUCAAAAAGACUUGGCAUCACUAAAUCAGGCUCGCUGAAAAUACAUAGUCUUGAAGCUACUGAUAUCGGUGUGUACCGCUGUAUAGCAGGCUCCGUGCAUGAAACGUUUGUGCUCAAACUCAUCGGUACUGACAACAGGUUGAUAGAGCCACCGAAUCUUAGGAAACAGGCCAGUGAGACCAGUAACACAGAUCACAAUGAGGCCAACAGCUUUGGGGCCAAGUGGCAUAAAAUGAGCAAAAUGUGGCAAAUAUGGAGUAAGAAGAAUGAGCUGUAUCUGGGUGACAGGCAAGUGAAUGAUCAGCCAUUUCUCCGGAAUCUGGAAACCGUUGGGAGUAAUUCAGCUGAAGACUUCAGCUCUCGUGAAUUCAAAAACAAACGACUGGAGGCAGCAAUUCUCCAAGGUGCCUAUAGUAUGGACACAGUGCAGUUUGAAGAACUGGUAAGGAACAUGAGUCAGCUCAUUGAAACUGGAGAAGUCAAUGAAGACUUAGCAUCCCAGGUCAUUUAUCAAUUAGUUGCUGAAUUAUCUAGGCCUCCACAACCAACUGCUGAAAAAUGGAAGGGGGCCCAGGAUGAGAAUCUUGCAUCAAAACUCACAGGCAAAACACCAAAUGAGUCUGAACGCUUCAGCACAAAAACUGUUGAUAAGUUAAUGUUUAACCAGAACGUUCCAGUUAUUAUGAGGCAAAAGGACAUCCCUCGAGUUUUCUUCAACGAAACAGUGACUGUACGAGUUGGAAAUACAGUUUUUCUGACCAGGAAUGUUUGUGCUGUCAAUCUACUGUGUGAAACAGCUGGUAUUAGUGAGGCAAAAUAUACUUGGACAAAAGAUGGCGAGACACUAAAAGCCUCUGAGAAGGUAAUCCUGGACUCCAUUGGAAAAUUGCAGAUUCAGAAUCCUACUCAAAGAGAACUUGGUACAUAUGGAUGCCUGGUUGUUAAUGACUUUGGAUUUGAUAUGGAAACAUCAUUGUUAUUGCGUGCAGAGGUUCCUGUCAUCUUGUCCUCUGUGUCAAACACUACAAACCUGGAAGCCAGCAGUCUUUCAGCAGUUGUUGGAGGUACAAUCAUGGCAAGAAUUGGAGCAAAUAUUACGGUUGAAUGUCCAGUUAAAGGUGUUCCUCAACCAAAUGUAACAUGGUUUAAGAAGGAGGACAUUCUACAAAUGAAUUCUUUCAUGGUUUUGAAUGGCUCUCUAUUUCUGAAGAAUGUUUCCUAUGAUGAUGCAGGAACAUACACUUGCAGAGCAACUAAUGCUCUUGGAAAAGCUGAAGCUGCAUCUGUUCUUCACUUAACUGAACAAAGGUUUACAGAGAACAACACUUUGUUAUCAAAAGGAAGCAGAAGGAAACGUGUCCUAAUGGCAUCUGGAAUUGGUACAAACGUCAGCGUGGUACCCGGGGAUCCAUUAAGAAUAGGUUGCCCAGUGCCUCCCAGCUACAGAAAUACAAUUCGCUGGAUUUUCAGAGACAGUCCAGUUGAGGAAGUUAAGAGCUUGGAAUACCGAACCCUGGUUGGGGGUCGUAUCCUAGAGGUGAACACCAGCUCUGGUCAAUUUGCUGGACAAUUCCAAUGUUGGACUUCAGCUAGUGUAAAACCAAUGUCAGUUUGGGUAAAUGUCAAGAAGGAAGAUUACAAAUGGGAAUAUGCUGAGUGGAGUACCUGUUCUGCUAGCUGUGGGAAUUCAGGAACCCGCUCCAGAAAUCUACAGUGUGUGAAUGCAGAGAAACAAAAAGUGAAUGAAUCGCUAUGCAGAGAGCUGCAGAAGCCAAUGAUUAUUUACCAGUUAUGCAACACAGGUGACUGCCCUGCCAGGUGGGUAACUAGUCCAUGGUCUGAGUGCUCUGCAUCUUGUGGCAAUGGACUUCGCUAUCGACAAAUAACUUGUCAACAGGAAAGAGCCAGCGGCAGUGUGCUGACACUGCCAGCAAAUGCCUGCAUACACAGAGAUCGUCCUGUGGGAAGGAAACCCUGUGUGGGUCAUUUGUGUGCAGUGGGGACAGCACAGGCAAAAGGACAGUGUACUGGUCACUGUGUCGACCACCCUGUAGGUCUGCAGCCUCGCCACUUUAUAUGUCAGCUUCGUAAUGGAUCUUGGGUGUCAAACUCUUCUUGUGAUGAAAGGAGGAGGUCGCCUGUCAGAAGAAACUGUUCUUCAGAGGCAUGUGACGUUUACUGGCGGACAGGCCCUUGGAGGCCUUGCAGCGUGGACUGUGGCAGUGGAUUUCAGUCAAGACAAGUGUAUUGUGUACACAGAAAGAAUAGCAAACCUGUGCCUGAUCAGUACUGCAGAUGGAGGAAGAGACCAGUGACCUGGCAACACUGCAAUGUCACAUCCUGUGGCAAAGACGAAUGCAAGGAUACAACUCACUACUGUACAUAUGUAAAGCAACUAAAGUUAUGCUUGAUAGACACCUACAAACAAAGAUGUUGUCAAUCAUGUCAAGAAAUGUAACUCUUCUGGGGAAAGUUCACGAUGCUGCAGUGAAGAGAUGAGAAGAGAGGUUCAUUAACCUAGCCUGCUCAAAGUAUAUGCUUGUAAAUAAGAUAUUAGAUGUACCAGUUAAAUUGAAACAUGGAGCUGAUGAAAAAACAGCAUUGCAGACUGAUAUGCUGGUCAGGGUAUUUUUUCCUGGGAACUUUUAUUAUCCACUCUUUGCAAUGGAACUUUUAAUGUUUAAAACAUUUCUGUGUUGGGAUUAGGAAGAUAAUGGCAUAUCAUCUGUAAAAUUUUACAGGCCUUCACAUCAUAAUUUUAU